AUGAGAGAGGAAAAAGUUGUAGCUGGGUUUGUCAAAAUAUUUCCUCGGAAAGGUUCUGUUUGGGCUAUUUAUAGAAAUUGGCAAUCUGAUUGGGAUGAAAAUACUCCACAGGAUGUAAGACAUGAGUAUGAGAUUGUGGAGGUUAUUACUGAUUUUACAGAAAAAUUAGGAGGAAGUGUGCUUCCUCUUGCUAAGCUCGAUGGUUUCACAGCAGUGUAUCAGAGAAAACAAAUGGGAUCUCAGGCAGUCAGAUGGAUUUUGAAGACACAGUUUCUUAGAUUCUCUCAUCAUAUUCCAGCUCGUAGACUUUUAGGAAAUGAGGCUCAACAAUUGCCCAAAGGUUGUUGGGAGCUUGAUCCUGCAGCAAUGCCAAUGGGUUAACCUGGGGUAAGAUGCCAUACUAAAGCAAAUGCAUUUCGCACAUGAUCAUUAAUUAGUAUCAUACUUGAAUUUUCUUCAGUUUUGGGACUGCAAUAAGAACGUUUCAUAUGGUUUGGCUUCUUUUCUUGUGGUGUAUAAACAAAGUCCUUAAAAAACAUCGGGAUCCCUCCAGCAAUAUGUAGUAGGAAUGAUGAACUGAUAACAAGGAACAAGUUUGUGUACAACUGGAUAUAUACAUGGAAUUUUUUUGUUACAAUUUUGAUUGUCCUUUCAGUGACGAGAGGAGAUUUUGCAAAUGAUCGUCCAUGUAGGGGGGUAGAUGAUUUUGUUUCUAAUACUUAGGGUAUCCAUCAUUAUUGUUAUGAUAAUCACUUUAUAUGUUUAAAGGGCAUGAGUUCAGAAUGCAAUAACUGAUAUGUUGUAUAUACCGUGCUAAUUUUUACAAAA